GAUGCGCCCGGCUCCUCCCCGGUGCUCCCGGUCCCGCCCCGCCGGCCGGUGGGGCGCGGGCAGCGGCUGCAGGUGCGGGUGGCAGCGGAGGGAUGGCGCAGCCCAGCGAGGCCUCGGUGCACACGGCGGCUGGCGGAGCCGCUAUGGACAGCAACGUCCUGGCCAUCGUUAUCGCCGCGACUGUGUCCACCUCCGUCUUCAUCGUGGCAAUCCUCAUCCUGCUGCUGCUCCUGUACCACCGGGACCCCAUGUGCUGCCAGUUCCUCUGCUCCUGCCGCUUAUUCCAGAGCCCCAGCCAGUAUGACUGCCCCCCACCCUACUUCAGCAGCAGCCAGCGGCUGGUGGGUCCCCAGUGCAGAGCCUCGCGCUUGGAGAGUGCUGCGGCUGAGAACCCGGGUGUGCAGGGGGAUGAGCUGUUCUGCGUCGGGCCCCCCAGCACGUACCAGGUACCAUACUGGGAGCAGCCGCGCCUACCCAGCUAUGAGAGUGUACGGAAGAAAGAUCGCCAGCGGGAGAUCCACCAAAUGAUUGCUGAGAGGUUCGGGCUGUGGGCAGAACCUUCCCAGGAGAUGCCGCCUCCCUAUGAGCAUGCUCUGAGGCAUCCUCCAGCUUUCUCAGGACCAGUGAUAAGCUCAGAGACCUUGGACAGACGUGGCAUGCCAGACCCUUUUCAGGCCCCUCUUGGCUACCAAACUCGGCGAAACACAGCUGUGGAAUGGCCAAACAUGAGACCUUUGCCCAGGUUUGCCAUCAGCUGAGGCACAGGCAGGUCAGACCUGGCCAGCAGAGACAUCCCUCCUGCAGCACAAGCACAACCACGGAGCCACUGCCAGGCAGAGCAACCAGGGAUGUGUGUGCUCGCUCUUCUCUGGCAAACAUACUGUUACCAAAAGCAAGAGACCAGCUGCUUGCUUCUAUACAAGGGGCAAAGCCAAGGUGAAGGUCUGCUCAGCCAGAGCUCCUCAGGCAGCUGGCAUAUUGCACCUCUGUGAGGCAAGCACUGUCAGUUGUACCAAGGAUCAGACCUCAGUCACCCUGUUGUGCUACUUCACUUGUUUCUUAGUUUAUGAAAUGUUUUACUUUAUCAGUG